UAUUGAUGACAACGUCAAACGAGACAUAUCUGGCGACAAUAAUAUCAUGAUUCAUUCAUAGAAUCCGUAAAAAAAAACAUAUCCGUUUCAAAUUAACAUUAUGCCAUUUAGUAUAAUGGACCUCUCAGCAGACAUGCUUCAUACGCCGACUAAACCCAAGCCUUCUCCAACGCCAGUUUCCGACACGUGCAUGUUCGACAAGCUGUUGUGUUUCUUUUGUUGUUAGUCGCCAUGCGGAAAUCAACAAGAAAACCUAACAUCUCACCUGCAAGCGAUUACCACCGAAAAUGCUUCGUUUCACGCAUACCGCGGGCGGUGAGGGUGGCCAAGCCUCAAGGCCCCCAGAACAUGCGAUACGAACAGUAUAUCGAGAUCAGCGAUGACAAUGAACUAGAGGCGUAUACCCGGAAGAAACUCUGCAUACCAGAAAACACAGUGAAAACCAAAACUGAUAAGAAAAAUAAAACUGAGAUUAAUGCGGACCUCUCCGAAGAAGCAAUCGUAGAACCCCUCAUAGAAAGUUACUUCGACAAUAACUAUGUCGACAGUACCCUCCUUAAUUUUGAUGUUAAAUCAGCAACUAACUCAUCGGUCGCUCCUAUUAAGAAACUUAACUUUCAACUACCAGACGAAGAUGAAAAACUUGCUAAAGAGGAACACAUGGACUGGCAAGACUACCAUGAUCUUAAAGUCAUACAUCAGUUUUUGGAUGACCUGGAGUCUGCCUACCCGUCUCUGUGCACUACCACCACUAUUGGCACAUCAGCUCAAGGUCGUAACCUAAAAAUCCUGAAGAUCUCAAACAGCAACGUAGGUAAUGCAGCAGUGUGGUUGGACGCGGGAAUACAUGCGCGGGAGUGGAUCGCGCCUGCAGUCAACACGUACAUAGCAGAUCACAUCACCAGGAACUUCGAGGACCUUCCUGAAAGUAUCACCAAUAAGGAUUGGUAUUUCUUACCCGUUGUGAAUCCAGACGGAUACCAGUACUCGCACACUGUGGAUCGCAUGUGGCGUAAGAAUCGCGCGUGGUAUGGCGGACAUUGCGUCGGAGUCGACCUUAACAGAAACUUCAGCGUUGGUUGGGGUGGCAAAGGGUCUUCAGAUCGUCCCAACAACGCAUUCUACAGAGGUCCCGCGCCGUUUUCGGAGCCAGAAACAAAAUCCAUAAGGGACAUGUUUUUAAAGUCAGGAAUAAGGUUUAAAGUGUACAUCACACUGCAUAGCUAUGGGCAAAUAAUAAUAUUUCCAUACGCCUGCAGCUCCGAACUAGCCCCGGACUAUGUGCGGCUCCUCGAAGGGGCUACUGUUAUGUCUAAGGCUAUCUAUGACAACAGUGGUCGCAUAUAUAAAGUGGGCAUUUCAAGGGACGUCAUGUACGGAGCUUCGGGCACCAGCAACGACUUUGCACAUGGAGGCGCCGGUAUCCCUUACUGUUACCUCAUCGAACUAAGGAGCAAACAACACAAAUUCAGGCUGCCCAAAGAGGAAAUAGAAGAAACCGGCAACGAAAUAUUAAGUUGUGUUAAAGCGUUGAUGGAAUUUGUAGAUUCUAAUACAUACAAAUAUGCAGAGGAUGACGAGAAAAUCGACUUAACAGACUAUGAUGACGAAAGUGUAAUUUUGAAAAGGAGCGACUCCACCGUACGCACUGGCAGUUCUCACAUCAGGAGACGAGAAUCUUACGACAAAAGACACUAUUCUUACGCUAAUGCGAGCAAUUCUUCCAUGACAAUUAAAGAUUCAUUCGUCAGAUGGACAAAGUGUAAUGUAAAAGGCUCGAAAAAUAGCUCGAAAAACAGCUCGAAAACUGACACCAGAAAAUCUGAUUAUUUCGCAAGCACAACAAACAGUUCUAACACAAAAACCAACGAAACCUCAUCACUAAGUACAGAAACUACACACGAUAACUUUGAACUGCCAUCAGAACCUGAAGAUUUCAAGGAUAAAAGCGAUAAGAGUGACAACGGUGACAAAAGUGACAACGGUGACAAAAGUGACAACGGUGACAAAAGUGAAAACGGUGACAAAAGUGAGAACGGUGACAAAAGUGAAAACGGGGAUAAAAGUGACAACGGUGACAAAAGUGAAAACGGUGAUAAAAGUGACAACGGUGAUAAUAGUGAUAACUGUGACAAAAGCGACAAAAAUGACAAUAGUGAUAAAAGUUAUGAAGGUGAUAGAAGUGAUUCCUUUCUAGAUUUGAACGACUCGUUUAUGAAAACCACUGAAUGUUAUAAGGACUUGGUGACUGGUGACUCAUUUCUAGAUAAUCCCAAUAGUUGUUUAAAAGAGACCGAUUCUUACAUGGACAAAGCUAAUGAAUACAUGAAGAAAGCUGAUUCUUAUAUAGCUAAAACUGAUGCAUACAUGAGAGAAACGGACUCGUACAUAAAGAGGGCGCAUUACUACGACAAGUUUUACGAACAGAGUAAAGACUUUCACGAGACGAGAAACAAACUGUUAAAGAGUACCACUGAUAGUGUAGCGAAGACCGAUGUACAAAGUGAAAGUAAACCAGUCAAAGUGGCACCAACGAUUCCUAAAACACAAGUAUGGGAAGUAAGAUUUCUUAGGGAGGGUCAGAGGCACUUCGUGAAAACUUUGGAUACUAUCGGAGAAUAUCAUGAAUGUAGUAUAAAAACAUUUGUAAUGACAUCCGAAAGUAAAGCUAGCCAACAAGACCAACAACUCGUAUCAAUUGAAGACAUCUUCGCUGGGAUAGUAUCUUUCAUUCUACACUUUGUGGACGCGGCGCCAGGCCCGAUAAACAUAUGGAAAGAGGAACGUAGUACAAUGGAUAUUAUGGUUGACGGCCCCCGAGCCGCUCAAGUGGCCGGGAUACUACACGAGAGAGAUAUCCCAUUUUCAAUAGCCGUACCAGAUGUUGCUUCACUGGUUGAAAGGGAACAGGGUAACAGUAUCACAAGAACUAUCAGGAAAAACUCUGGACCGAAUAAGACAAUGGACUGGAUGAACUAUCACCGACUUGAAACUAUCUACGCGUUCAUGGACAACUUGGCAGCACAAUAUCCGUAUUUGUGUACAAUCAGUGUGAUUGGGAGGUCUGUGGAAGGCAGAGAUUUAAAGGUGCUGAAGAUAUCGAAUGGCAAGUCAAACAACGCCGGUGUGUGGCUGGACGGAGCCAUCCAUCCUCGCGAGUGGAUCAGCCCGGCUGUGGUCACGUUCAUCGCAGACAAGAUCGUCAGGACAUUCAAUGAAAUGCCGGAAAGCGUCACCAAUAAAGACUGGUACAUUCUACCAGUGAUGAAUCCAGAUGGCUAUGAAUAUACUCACACACAUGACAGGAUGUGGAGGAAGAACCGCGCGCGAUACGGAGAAUGCAUUGGCGUCGAUCUCAAUAGGAAUUUCAGCUACGGUUUUGGCGAGAAAGGAGAAGAAGGUUCAUCUGACGAUCCUGGUAACGUGUUCUAUAGAGGUCCAAGUGCCUUCUCGGAACCCGAAACUGCCGCGGUCAGGCGCGCGAUCUUGGAUGCGCCAUGCAGCUUCAAGGUGUUCCUGUCGUUCCACAGCUACGGCGAAGUCAUCAUCUUCCCAUGGGGUUACACCAGUGAUCCUUGCCCCGACUAUGUUGAGCUCCUGGAGGGAGGAACUGCUAUGGCUAAAGCUAUCCACAGCACGAACGGCCACACAUACAAAGUCGGCAGCACCAAAGACCUGAUGUACUACGCAGCCGGCACCAGCAUCGACUGGAGUUACGCCGUCAACAACAUACCAUACUCCUACAUGGUGGAACUCCGAUCCAAAACCCACAGGUUCCUUCUCCCCAAAGAAGAAAUCGUUUCCACUGCCACAGAAGUAUUAAAUGGAGUGUUGAGGCUUAUGGACUUUGUGGACAGGCGGUGUGCAGGAACCCAGUCAUGCGCCUGUCCAAAAUGAUACAUAACCAAAUACUCGAGAAAGUUCCAUGCCUUCAUACAAGAAGUGACCUUACCCAGCAAUCAAAAAUCAAUGCGUUAAAUUGAAAUGUGGUAUCGUUAAAAGUGAGUACCACUUGACUUUUAUUAGGGAAAAUUGACUUGUUUGAUCUUAAAAAUAUGUAAAAUUUCUAUCUAAAAGUUAUGAUAUGGACUAGGCCACUUCUUGCAUUACAAUUGUGAUACAGCAGUGAUUUUUCCCUUCAAGUUUUGCAACGUAUUUUUAAGUUAUUGUCUCAAUUAUAUACACUAAUUUAUACCAACA